AUGCCACCAAGGAGACCUGCAUCUUCCCAAAACAGUCAGGCUAAUGAUGAUAUACCUCCUCCACCUGAGGCUUUGCCCCCUAUGAGUACUGAAGGACUUUAUAGAUAUUUAGGGACUUUGGCUGGCUUGGUUGAGCGUCAGGCUAGAGCUACUGGAAGUAAUGGUCAAGGACAAUCCUCAUCUACUAGGAGUAGCUCCUUUGACGAAUUUAAGAAGUUGGGUCCCCCUUACUUUUCUGCUUUUAUGUUAGAUAAAGAGGUAGAUCAUUGGUGGCGUAUGACUAGGAGACUUUUGGAGGAUCAGGGACCCAUAACAUGGAGACAAUUUAGGGAGGCUUUCUAUAAGAAGUAUUUCCCUGACAGUGUUAGACGGCAGAAGAUGAGAGAGUUUAUUCGUUUGGAACAGGGGGAUAUGACUGUGGCUCAGUAUGAGGCCAAAUUUACAGAGUUAUCACGUUUUUCCCCACAGUUGAUUGCUACAGAGAAGGAAAAGCUUGGUGUCUAUUCAGAGGUUGUUGACAGAGCCCUUAUAGCAGAGAAAGAUAAUGAGGAGCUUCAUCAGUAUAUGGAACAGCAAAGGAAGCGAAAUAGGAGUGAUGGUACUCAUGGUAAUCAAGCACAGCGAAGGUCUACAUCAGGAAGAAAUCAGAAUAAAGAGAAAACAGCGCAGAAUUUAGAUGGAGCUUGUUCUACUUGUGGUAAGAAGCAUGGGGGUAGGCCAUGCUAUAGAGAGACUGGAGCUUGCUUUGGUUGUGGGAAGCAAGGACAUUUGAUCAGAGAUUGUCCAGAGAAUAGGAAGUUCAUCACUGGGAAACCUAAAGAGGAAAAUAAGGAGGAUAAACAGAAACCCAAAGCCUAA